AUGUUGAUGCUUUCUCUCCACCCUAGCAUUUUGCUGAGGGGUGGAAACACAGGAAUGAUGGACUAUGGUACCAUGUUUUGUAUAGAGUUCACCCAAACUAAAUUCUGGUACAUUGUCACACCUAAGUAUCUUGAUAUUCUUUCCAAACUGAGUGAAAACAGUACUAAAGAAUUGUGUGAGAAUGGUUUUUACAUCAGAUUUAAACUUCAUCAAAAACUUCAUCAGAUUUACGACGCAGCAGUUAGGAAGGCGCUUCAUGCUGACAGCGCAGAUGUAGCCGGGAGAUGGGAUCUCUGCACGGACCGGAUUUCGUUUCACCAUGAUGCCGGGAGCAUGAUCAAGUAUCACAAGAACCUCACAUCACGCGGCUAUCGAGCCCUCAUAUACAGCGGAGAUCAUUAUAUGUGUGUUCCGUUUACGGGAAGCGAAGCUUGGACGAGAUCGAUCGGAUACACGACUGUCGACGAGUGGAGGCCUUGGUAUGUGCAAGGCCAAGUUAGUGGGUACACUCAAGGCUAUGACUACAAUCUCACCUUCCUCACCAUCAAGGGGGCCGGGCACACCGUGCCGGAGUACAAGCCACUCGAGUCGUUGGAGUUCUACUCGCGCUUCCUUGCUGGCGUGAAGAUAUGAAAUCGAAUGCCACGUCUUCAAAGGGGACCAAAGGAUCAUAGCAGCUAAAUCAUUCACUAUCGCUUAUCCAAAGUUUGUCAUUCUUGAUUGAUGAUUGAAGAAGAUUUGGCUUAGCAUUAUUUAUAGUAGGAAGAACAUUGAUACAUUGUGUGAUUUCGAAUUUAUAAUAAAUGUUAGUUCAUCUACUCAAAAUCUUGUAUAGUGUAGACUCUGCAAAAAUUUACACAUUAUGAUGUUUACCCUUUUCAUGAUGA